UUCCGUCUUCUAUCAAUAAACAAGUUUGGAUUUCUAACUACACGGGUUUGCACGCAUGUCAUGUGAAAGUUGGGAAGAUAGAAAGAACGUGUACAAUAUUGGCUUGAGUACACGAUGUUCUCCUUUCGGAAGCAGCCUUUGCUGAUCAUAUUUUGUUUAUGCUUACUAUGCUGUUGUACUUACUGCGAAAUUCAUCGCGUAAAAUCACACAGUGGAAAGAAGGUACAGCCUUUCAAAGAAAGAUCACCAGCUAUUAACGAGCCCAAGGACAAUAGGGCCAAGGGACCAGAGCAAGGGCCAGAUGGGUCGACUGCUCCUGGUGGCGAAGAUAAUAUGUCUCACACAGAAACAUGCGUUUGUGCAAUGAUUGCAACUGUUUUUGUUGGCCUUAGUGGUAUUUUCCCACUCAUUUUGCCUAUUGAUACGAGCCACAGCCUUAAAGAUGGAAAAGAUGGAGCAAGAUUUCGACGGGUGCUUGCCUUUGCAGUUGGAGGUCUGCUGGGGGACGUGUUUCUUCACCUUCUGCCAGAGGCUUGGGCACAUGUGAAAUAUUCAAAUGAUGAUGAUGGACCAACACACUCAAGUAUAGGUCUUUGGGUUAUUUUUGGUUUACUCACUUUCAUGAUAUUGGAAAAAAUACUUAGUGAUGAGUUGGUCAACAAAGAGAAGCAUGAGAAAUUAGAUUAUUCUACAGAGAAUUCUAAAGGCCAGGAUAUACCCACUACAAAUGGUGGACAAGUUGCUAUGAUCUACAAUGGAUCAACAAAAAGGAAAACAAAAAAUACAUCAAAUGGAAAGAAGACAAAUAAAAAUAACAAUGGAUCUUUAAAUAACAAAAAUAAAAAAAAUAUUAUUCAAAAUCCACCAGCUAAAAUACAGGUUACAGGAUAUUUGAAUCUAUUUGCAAAUUUUAUUGAUAACUUUACACAUGGGCUUGCUGUGGCUGGUAGCUUUCUUGUCAGUAAAAAGGUUGGAGUUGUGACGACAUUUGCUAUAAUGUUGCAUGAAAUACCACAUGAGAUUGGAGACUUUGCUAUUUUAUUACGAGCUGGUUUUGACAGGAAGAGUGCUGCUUGGAACCAAGUCAUGACUGCAACAGGGGGAAUGCUGGGAGCUUUAUUUGCUCUUGCGUCAGACUCAGCUGAGAGUGUAGGUAGCAGUUCAGCAUGGGUUCUACCAUUCACAUCAGGGGGAUUUUUAUUUAUAUCACUUGUCACAAUUGUACCAGAACUUCUAGAGGAAAAAGAUCCAAUUGAAUCUGUGAAACAGGUUAUCUUCAUGUGUUUUGGUAUUGCUGUAAUGUUCCUUGUUAGCUACUUGCAUUUGGAUUGAAACAGUAAGACGGUUUAUACGGUUGAACACAAUGCUGGCGUUCUCCUGAGACUACAGAUUCGUCCGUGAUUAUAGUGUGUAAAUAGUUGAUUCCAUCUACGAAUACACACACACACACGCUAUGCUUUCUGUUUUUAAACACUUUAAAAUCUAAUGUAUACAAUUUGAUUGAAGUGCAAACUUGCAAUUAAAUUGUGUCACACUGAUAAGCAUACAUGGAGACUAUAGGUUAGAAAAAAACUGGAAGUAUAAUGUGAACCCAGAGUGCCACCAGUAAGGGGUGGGGGUGGUGGAGAGGUAGCGUAGGCUUCCCUCCAGGGAGAUUAAACAAUUAUAUAUAUUUUUCACUCUACUAAUGAGACUAUAAUUGAUUAAAUAACAUUUGAAACCCGCUAAUUGUCAUAUUUGUGGCUCCCUGGACCACUUUCAAGAAAUUUUAGCAACACCUCUAGCCAGGGACCCCAGACCCUCAUCGGGCAAAUCCUGGUGCCACUCUUGGUGUGAACACAUGUUAAAAUAGAUAUCAAUGUGGACACAAGUUAAAUAUAUGUAACAGUGUGAAUGCCUAUUGACAUCAGAUUGAACACAGGUGAAGGUGCUAUUUAUGUCAAUUAAUUUCUUGUUAUGCUCUAUGACUAUGGAGGCUGAAUGUAUUAUUGUGCUGAGAGAUGCACAGAGGUGCUAUGUGGUUCAACCUCAGUAGCAGGGGGUAUAUGGGAUUAAAGGUUAGCAUGGAAUUUCUUUGGGGCUCAAGCAUACGGUUUGUACACACUAUCAGGUUUUCUGGGAGAGUGAUGAUAGUAUUGACAGAUGUAAGUGUGUGGGGUACUAUUUGGUUCCAGCCUGAAAGCAGGGGAUUACUUACAGUGGACUGAAAGAAGAGCCACACUGAAAAACACAGCAUUAUACAGAGGUGUGUAAUUGGGUUAAAUCCCAGUAGGAUAGGAUUGCAUAGAAAUGACAAUGGAUUAAUUCUACAGUAGAAAAACUUUUAAAAAAAAACAAAA